UACCCGACUGGCACAGUCAUCCCGUCGCCAAUGAUGGCCGUCAACAUCCAGCAUAAAGGCCCCUACAUAUACUGCACUCUGGUGCAACUGUGCUGUUUUGUGGGAAUUACUUAUAUAUUCAGAGAGGGAAGAUGAAUCCAUUAUUGCUUGUGCCGAUUUUUGUGCAAGUAGUAUUCUCAGCUAACCGACUUGCCUAUCUCUCGACCGUCCACGACUACCUCAACAUCUGCCUCGAUGGCAGACAUCACAAGUCAGAACCGGGACCAGAGGAUGCCAUGUUCCAACAGUGCACUCCAUGGAAGAAAAGGUCCUGUUGUACAAGUGAGGUCAGCAAAGAUCUGCACCUCUCUGAGAACUGGCUCAACUUUGAUUGGAACCACUGCGGCUGGUUGUCGCCACAGUGUCGGCGCCAUUUCCUGCAGGAUCUUUGUUUCUACGAGUGCUCACCCAAUGUUGGGCCUUGGCUAGUUUUGGAUAACAAGAAGAUCCGCAACGAGAGGUUCAUGCAUGUGCCGAUGUGCAGGAGCGAGUGUGAUGCAUGGUGGGAAGACUGCAAAAAUGAAACAACAUGUCUCAAAAACUGGAGCAAAGGAUUCAACUGGACUACAGGGGUCAACACAUGUCCGGAAGGGAAGCCCUGCCGACCGUUCCAUGAGAUCUAUCGUGACUCGACGACGUUCUGCGAGGGAUUGUGGGGAGAGUCAUGGAAGGUAAUGGAGAAGGGGCAGCCGUGUAUGUACCUUUGGUUCAGCGAGGAGGGGGACAACCCCAACGACGCCAUAGCCAAGAAACAGGCAGAAAAGCUGCUGGGCAUCAAUGGAGCAUCGCAACAAGAUACUUUCGUGUUACUCACACUGCUGUGUAGUCUGUGUUCAUGGUUAUUUCUAAGCUGCUAAACUUGGGGUGGUUUGUAAUUUUUUUAAAUAAUGUUUGAGAUAAGGAUAUUAUUAAGCAUCAAAUAUACACUAUAUUACUCAAUGAUUGAUAAGGGUGCUGACAUAUUUCAUACAUUGCAUGCUUAAACAUAUAAUUAUCCAGGAGAUAUAGGUGGUGACUAAAAUGUGAGGUGACUAAAAUGUGAGGUGACUCAAAUACUGUUCAAUGCAGCAAUAAGGCCAAAAAAAUAUAUGUGCAAUCCAUUUUAGCCCUACAUACACUGAAAAACAUGAAAAUAUCAUACUCGAUUUGGAUGAAAAUGAUGAGUUGAAAUGCACUCCAGUCAUGAUACUGACUUGAUUUAAAAAAGAUUUAGGGCCGGGGGGGUUAUAGGGUCGAUCGGGUUACCGGAAACAAACAUAUUUUUGGGGGGGGGGCCUUAACAGUGCUAAUAACUGUACCAUUACUGCAUCUGAAAUACAAAAAACACACAAUUUCUUCCCCAAUUCAUACAAAUAAUCAGACAAUUACUUAAAACAACACAAGCUACAUUUUCAGAGACACCAGAGUGUUGUCUUUACAUGAUUUGCGAGUUAAAAUUUGUCUUCAGCAACCCAUGCAUGUCGUAAGAGGCAAUGCUGGUCGGGUGGUCAGGCUCAGCGAUUUGGUUGACACCUGUCAUGGUAUCCUGAUUGUGUAGAUCGAUGCAAGUGCUGUUGAUUGUCUGGUCCAGACUCAAUUAUUUACAGAUCACCACCAUAUAGCUGGAAUAUUGCAGAGUGCGGCGUUAAACAACAAACAAACUUGAUGACAUGAAUCGUCCAUAUGUGACUGAUGUGACCGAAAUAUGUCAGCCAAGUCAGCGACCCUGACCACCUGAUCCUGUUAGUCGCCUCUUACGACAAGCAUGGGUUGCUGAAGACCUGUUGUAACCUGGAUCUUCACAAGUCUCAUCAAGCUGUAGUGCCAGAAUAAAGGGUUCGGUUUUGCCAAGUCACUUACUAUAAUUAUCAAGUUAGGAUAUUAUGAAUAUCCGUACUGAAUGUGGCCAGUAUGAGUAGUAUCGUGUUCAGAUACUAGGUCAUUCUCAAAAUAUUGUCAAAAAACUUCAAUUUGGAAUUAAUGUCCAAAUUGGCCAUGUGAGACCAACAAAGUGGUGCUUAAAGAAUUUGAAUCAAACUUUCUAGAAUUGCCUAUUGGCUUGGCCCUGGACAUAUCCGGGAUCUGUAUUUGUUUCCUGACAUUAGUCUGUAAUCUGUAACUUAUGAAGUGAGACAAUUACAUCAAAUGGUGUGAUGUUUUACAUCUUCCGCUGGUUAAAAACAUCAAAUUCACCUGCCAUAAUUUGUGAGAGACGAUUCCGGUGUAUAAGACAUUGGUGAUGUUUGACAUUUGUCAGCUAUUGGAUUUUUCCAUGUCAUUAUGAAAAUAUGUAUUUUAAUGUGUCCAUCCUCUUGGAGCAAGUCCCAGCAGCACAGGGAACAGCGAGUUACAUGCUUAUGUACAGAUCAAUAUUACUCGCCUGCUAAAUCAUUUGAUUUGUCUUGUGGAAAAAAUGUGUAUUGAUUUGUUCUCAACUUUGUGCCUUUAAAAUGCAGAUUUUGUGUGAAUGUAGUGUUUAACCUUGCAUCUUUCAGAAGGCUUGUGUGUGUGUGUGUGUGUGUGUGUGUGAGAGAGAGACAGAGAGAGAGAGAAAGAAAGAGACAGAGAGAGAGAGAGAGA